GGAAAAACUCUUAUAAAAGACGCUCUUUGCUGAUAUUGAUAGUUUAAUUAUCAGACAUGGUACUACUGUAUAUAACGUUUAUGGUGCUUCUUGCAAACCAAAUAACGGCACAAAAUAAAUGUCUCGAUAGCGCUCUAUAUGAAAAUGAAAUAACUGACUAUUAUUGGAGAGAGUACGUUGGGGAAAUACCAUGUGAUGCAAUCCCUGGCGGUUUUGAUAAAUCCGGGAAUCCCGCAUAUAUCGGGCAAAUGUAUCAUUCAAAGUUUGGUCUUCUUCCUGCUACCAUAACUAAAGGUUCCCAAAAAGCUCUAGCCUCUGGUGGUGGAAGCUCAUUUACAUCCGAUACAUUUGUCAAGAUUUUGUGCAGCCGACACCACGACAGAUAUAAAUGGGUACCCACCGAAAAUGCAAACGGUCACCUACUAACAAACUACCAUUUGGUAAUUGGAGGCAACGAAGCUGGAUACGUUUUAAAUAUAGGACGAGUAAAUCAUGAAAUGGAAGUCGUCAUUGGUAAAGUAUUUGCUCACCACACGCCAUACCGAGGUCUGUCCAUACCGAACAAGGCAAAGGAGGCAGUAUACCAAAGCUACGAAAUUUUAGUGUAUGAUUAUUGUUAUUAUAAGCCAUGUAAUACUACUGAUAUUUCUAAUGUAAGAUCGUAAGUAAAUGUUCCCACGUUGAAAUAAAGUGACAGUGACGUUCCAAUGACAA